UGAGCCAGAGACUGUUCUAUAUGCUUUUCAUAUGUUUUGUCACUUAUUCCUCUGAUAAUCCUUUGAGGUAGGCACCGUCCCUACCUCCGUUCUAUAGAUGAGGAUACAGACAGGGACAACUAGUAUUGCCUGAGGCCCCCGAGCUAGUGCACGGUAGAGCCUCGCAGCCUCAUCCCAUGCCCACUGCGUCCUCUGCAGUCUAGACAGCCCCCUCAGACUUACUGUACUUUAAAAAGAUACGUGAAUAUUGAGGCUCAGAAGCACACCUCGCCCUUGUUUCCUAUAUGACACACAAUGCAUUAUGCUGUUUAAUUCUUUAAACAGUCACCGCCACAGCUAUGAUUUCAUUGGUCAUAGUUUAUUAUUACUUACAGGUUCUUUGAGCCCGAGUUUUCCAGAUUCUCAGCAUAUGUCAGACUUUUUUCAUAGUGUAUAAAGUCCUUCAAUUCAGUAUUGCCAGUGCUGAGGAAUUUAUUUGAAAUCACAGUAAACUGUAUUUAUCUUAUUAUCUAUUGUUGAAAAUGUCAGUGGUGAUUGUCCUUUGUUUUUACAGAGGGGACCGGGACCACCAUUGUUUGCAGUUCCUGAAAGUAUUUCAAGGCACAAAUUCAGGUGUCGGCGGGAGCAAUGGAAGAUCACAAGGAAGAAGAGAUGUUAGACAUUCUUCGACUGAACGUGGGUGGCUGUAUUUACACCGCCAGGCGAGAGUCCCUGUGCCGAUUUAAAGACUCCAUGUUGGCUUCCAUGUUCAGUGGUCGUUUUCCUCUCAAAACAGAUGAGUCAGGGGCUUGUGUUAUUGACCGCGAUGGACACCUGUUUAAAUACCUUUUGGAUUAUCUCCAUGGAGAAGUUCACAUCCCCACAGACGAGCAAACCCGAGUCGCACUACAGGAAGAGGCGGAUUACUUUGGCAUCCCUUAUCCGUACAGCCUGUCUGACCACUUGGCCAAUGAAAUGGAGACAUAUUCUUUAAGGUCAAAUAUAGAACUUAAAAAGGCUUUAACAGACUUCUGUGAUUCAUAUGGUUUAGUUUGCAACAAACCAACAGUUUGGGUUCUCCACUAUCUUAACACAUCCGGUGCAAGCUGUGAGAGUAGAAUUAUUGGUGUAUAUGCCACAAAAAUGGACGGAACAGAUGCUAUUGAUAAGCAGCUGGGAGGAAGAAUUCACAGUAAAAGCAUUUUUAAAAGAGAGGCGGGCAAUAAUGUUCAGUACAUCUGGAGCUAUUACUCAGCAGCAGAACUGAAGAAAAUGAUGGAUGCCUUUGAUGCCUGGGAAGGAAAAGGUGUCAGCUACUGGCGGGUGCCGCACGAGCUGAUAGAAUGCUGGACCCUGGAGGAGCGGCCUUUGCUGGGGAGCCUGCGCCACAUGGCCCCGAUUCGGAAGAGGAGGCUGAUGGCGUUGGAUGAAGGGGAGGAAGGCGUGAACUGUAAGGCUGGUCCUAAACCUGUCAGGUUUUCGGGCCCUUCCACCAGCACCCAAAUCAAGGUCAAGAACUCGGCUUCAGUCCGGGUGUCCCCGUCUCCAGGCGGAAUGCCAGCUCAGCACUCUGCACUGUCUAAGGCCCUGUCCCUGGUGGGCACGGGGUUGCCUGGGCACUCCCCAUCGCAUGGGCCCGGGGGUCCUGAAAAUGGGGCCGCAUCGCCCCCUCCAGCCAAGGUUCUGCUGUGCGACAAGAAGGCCACCCCACCCCGGGUGAUAAAGCUGAAGCGGACUCCACUGUGUGCCACGGGGCCUCCCCCGCCCACCUGCCCAGCAGCGAGCCCUGCGGGGGCCCCGCCACCCCAAGCGCCCACCUUGGAUGUGCGGACUGAGAACAGGCAGGACAAGACCGACUGAAGGGAGCGCUGGGCUCCAGACGCCCUGUUGGCCUCCCCGGGCUGCCACCUGGUGAUGCACACAAGUGACACUGUCGAUGCAGUAGAGGUGACAGCGUCAUGUUUGCAUUCAGGGUAAUUAUGGGGAAAGGAAGUUGCUACAUAAGACUGGAGGAGGGGAGACUUUAGGUGGUUGGGACUACAGUUCCUUUUCAUUUUCCCAACUUUUAAAUGAUUACUUGUCUACAGAUAGUUUGAUUUUCCGGUUUUUAAUGUUUUUUUAAUGGUUGGUUGGUAUUAGGGCGACAAACCAGUACAGCAUCAUCACUAGAGAAGUUUACCUUGUUGCUGAAAUAAUUGUAGGCUGUAGGCACUUUGUAAUGUUUGUCAUAGCAGCCCAGGGGUAGGAGUGAGUCUGGCUGAGGUCCUCCUGCCUUGGACCAGCGAGGGUGCUGCAGGGCUCCCUGAUGGUAGCACAGCCCAGAGAGGCGGAGAGAACGCAGAUCAGGGGAACUUGCCCCAAGCUACUCUCAGUCUCAAAGGCGAAGUGAGAAGAAAGAUGAGGAGGGGGCAGAAGAUAGAGACCACACUUUGACGUUCAUUUAAUUAAACUGUUUUCUUUUCCAGA